GGGCUCCAAAUAGACAAAACCCAUCCUCCAGUUCGAUCCCUUUGGAAAAUAUUCGAUGCAUUUAAGGACCGUUGGCUUCGAUCUUUGCUCGUUUAGCUCCCUUGAAUCCUGGUUCCGGGUGGUGCGACGGUGCAGGGGGGACCAUCCCGCAUCGACUACGGUCUCAAGUAUCAGGCCAGAUGCAUUUCCAAUGUCAAGGCAGGCGCAGAUCACACCAGCUUCAUCACCGGAACUCUCAGCCUCAAAGAAGAAAACAAGGUGCAUUUGAUUCGGUUCUCUUCCUAUGGAACGGAGCUCAUAUGUGAGGGCUUGUUUUGUCAUCCUAAUGAGAUCUGGGAUCUCGUUUCGUGCCCCUUUGAUCAACGCAUGUUCUCUGCUGUUUUCUUUACUGGUAACUGUUAUUUUUCUGUUUUUUAUGUUUAUUUUGUUAUUCAAUCACCCAUGUCCAUUUGGAUUUGAUCUAGACUUGGCAAUUUUAUAC